GCGGUGGUGGCAGCCGGAAAAGGGGGAGUUUGCCAGAAGCACCAGGAGCCGCUGAAGCUCUUCUGCAAGGACGACGAAGCCCUCAUCUGUGUGGUCUGCGAUCGAUCCAAGGAGCACAGGGAUCACGAAACCCUUCCUCUCGAGGAGGCCUCCGAAGAGUACAAGGAUCAGUUCUGCAGCCGUCUGGAGAUUCUGAAGAAGGAGAGAGAAAGAAUUGUGGCAUCUAGAGAAGAUGUAGAGAAGGAAAGCCAAGACCUGCUCAAGCAAACCACAGGAGAGAAGCAAAAGACUGUAGCCAAGUUCAGGCAACUGCACACAUUUCUGGAGGAACAAGAGAAACUUCUGCUGGCCCAGAUGGAAGAGGUGGAGAAGGAGGUGGCAAGAAACAGGGACCAACGCCUGGCCAGACUCUCUGAGGAACUCUCCUCUCCAAGGGCGUAG